CAGGGUCUUUAGUGUCCGCCGGUCCUUCCAUGGGGACCGCUGAUCACUUCUUUGGGACCGCUGGCGAUGGGUCCCCUACCGGGCAAGGGAGUCAGCCCUUUCCCUAUGCCCGGGAGGCCUAUCAGUACACAGGGUACACAGCUUGGGUUGGACGGGAUUUCAACUGCAAGCUUCAAGAGAUACAACAGCUUAAAAGGGACCAUCCAGAUGUGAUUCACAGCCCAGUCUGGCCGUUUAUGCAGGAGUAUACUCGUAUGGCCGAUUACGUCGCCACUUCCUCUGCUCAGCGCCAUUCCCUUCGCCUAUUGGACCGCAAUGCUGCUUUAUCAAAGGAGCUGAGGGAUUUCAAAUCUCGGCACUCUAUUAGCGUCGAGCGCCUGGAAUACGAUCGGGUUUUGUCGGAGAAUGAUCAGCUCUAUUCUGACCACGAGCGUCUUUCGGCCAAGGUUGGACAGCGUGAGGAAUCUCUGAGGAGGGACUUGGAACGGCAAGCCAGAGAACGGGAGGUCCAAUUUAGAGAGGAGGCCGAACUUCACCGGAAGAGAUCCGAGGAGGAGCUGAAGCGAACGUGGCGUCGCCGAUCCGAGGAAGAAGCAAGGAGGGCGGCGGAAGAGGUUGAGCAGAGGUGGCGCCUCCAGCACGAGGAAACCGAACGCCGACUUUCUCAACGGGUUGACGAGCUAAACCUAACCCUUAUGGAGGAGAGGCGCUCAGCCCGGAGUUCGCUUGAUGAGGCCCGCCGCUCUCUCGAGAAUGAACGUCUUACACAUGAGGGGCAUAUGGCUCGAAUGGAGGCCGAUCGCAUCUCAGACUACGGUAGAGGUUUCUAUCGUGGAGGAUUGGAAGUCCAGCAGAAGUUUUAUCAUGGCCUGGAGCCCUAUUCUGAUGGGCAAGAUCCUUGGCUGAAGUUCCCAGGCAUCCCAGGACCCAUGGGACCAGAGCCCUCUUUUCUCCACUCCCCUCCCCCAUCUUGAAUCGUUGCAAUUUGUUUAGGAACGGUCCUCCUGUGUUCUUCUUGUAUUAAUUUCUGCUUAUCGUUGUAAGGACUCCUCCGU